AUGCUCGUCGUUGGGGACAGAGAUAACAUGCUGGAGUUUGUCGAGAUGCUGGAUCGAGUAGAUGGCUCAACUGAUACAGUAUCGAUUGAGCUCGACCUCGUGAUGGUGCUGAACGUUGCUGAAGAGAAGGAAGUGCUGGAUGAGGUACCAAAAGGCGGCCCCGCGGUUGAUGCAGUCCACGACAGAGAUUUCGCUGAGGCGGCUGAGGAUGGUGUCGAAAUAGGUCUGGAAAUGAGCGAGCCCGUAGAGACAGAGGAGAUAAAUGGCCCUGAUGAUGAACCGACGACAAGAGCGGAGCCAGUCGAAGAUGGCGGCGAAGCAAGCAAAGAAGUCGACGAGUACGACACCUCCGUCUCAAGCCUCUGA